AUGGCGGGGGGCGUGGUUGCAGGGGUGGCAGGCCCGCCCUGGGGCGUCCCUCACCCCACCUGUGGCCCCGGCGUCUCUCAGGAGAGGUACACCUGCCCCAGCCUGGCCUUGCACCCGCGGGAGCCCGUGUUCCUGGCGCAGACCAACGGCAACUACCUGGCCCUCUUCUCCGCGGUGUGGCCCUACCGGAUGAGCAGGAGGCGGCGCUACGAAGGGCACAAGGUGGAAGGCUACUCGGUGGGCUGCGAGUGCUCCCCGGACGGCGACCUGCUGGUGACGGGCAGCGCCGACGGCCGGGUCCUGCUCUACUGCUUCCGCACGGCCAGCCGCGCGCGCACGCUGCACGGGCACACGCAGGCCUGCGUGGGCGCCACCUUCCACCCCGUGCUGCCCUCCGUCCUCGCCACCUGCUCCUGGGAGGGCGACGUUAAGAUCUGGCACUGAGCCUCCGGGGCGGAGCCUCCUGGACGUUUGCCGCCUAUCUGCCGGCCUGGCUGCCCCCCUUUGGGGGUGGGGGGCUCCCCGUCAGGCCUGGCUGGAAGCCGUCCCGCGCGCCCCUCAGUCUCCCCGUCUGUGGGAUGGGGAUGAGAGACCCUGGUGUCGGGGCUGUGAGGGCUGCGUGGGCGAGGGUGCGGGCACGCCACUCGUGACUACA